UAACGAGCCGCAGCAAACAAGCAAGCGGACAAACGCCCCCGACCCCCUCUCGCUCCUGCCGUCGCCCUCACCACCGUGAUCCGAUCAUACACGCGCGCGCGCGAGCCCUCCCCCGCCUCGACGUCGCCCGCGCCUCCCUUCCCUUCCCGCGAGCAGGCCGAGGAAAGGGGGGAGAGGCUAGGGCAGGAGGCGGCGACAUGUCCGGGGGAGAGGAAGGCGAAGGGCGCAAGGUGUCUCGCGAGGACAUACAGCUCGUCCAGAAUCUCAUCGAACGUUGUCUUCAGCUUUACAUGAACCAGAAAGAAGUGGUUGAAACUCUAUCUUUCCAGGCGAAAAUAGAACCCAGCUUUACUGAGCUCGUCUGGCAGAAACUUGAAGAAGAGAACCCUGAGUUUUUUAAGGCAUAUUAUGUGAGGUUGAUGCUUAAGAAUCAAAUAAAUGUGUUCAACAAGCUCCUUGCGCAUCAGUGUCGUCUUAUGAAUAAAGAUCCUUCUGGAGCGCUUUCAAUUACCCCUACUGCUCCUAAUGGCUCUGACUCGAGCACAUUGAACCAAAAUACAUGUUUUUUACAAGACACUACUAGCACUGCAAUUCCAGAUAGCUUCCUACACAAUGGAAAUUCUAGUGGUGUAAUAAAUGGCGCUCCUGCUACUGACCAGUUUAUCUAUGGUGGUAAAGUUGUCCAUGGUCUUCCUAGUGGUAUGGAUGCUUCAGUUAGUCUACUAUCAGCGCAUAAUUCGACUGGUGCACAGUUUAAUGGAGACAAUGGCACAACAAUAAAGGCAGAGUCUAGCUUUUCGAGCAAUCCAGAGUUUGCAUUCUGCAACGAGAACACUUACCUAGAGCCUUGCCAAUCAAUUGGGGAUGCCUCUGGUGGGUCCUUUAGUAGCUCUGAACUGAAUGGGCAACCACUUGGUGAUACAAUUCUUGACAUGGAUACGUCAUCAUAUGGUUUCUUGAGCCAGAUUCCUCGCAAUUUCAGUUUCUCAGAUUUAACAGAGGAUUUCAGUCAUAGUACAGAAAUAUUAGAAAAUUAUGGCAGAUCCCCUUUCAUCCCUUCUGAGACGAACAACUUCUCAGAGUCUACUGCUGGAGGACAUACAGAAAUAGGAAAUAUACGGCUAGAUUCCAUAUCUGAGGGUGUUAGUUAUGAAGAUUUUGGAAGUGAUUAAUCAGCUUUUGAUCAAUACUGCCUGAGUUUGAGUAGUGAUGCGCCAUCUGUACAGAGUCGUCCUUUGGGCAGGCAAACCUCUAUAAUCAUUUGCGGUGAACACAGCUAAUUUGCGGAAACUGUUCGUUGUUGGACUUGGGGUCCCGUGCUGUAGUAGAAGGAUGCAAGAAGUCUAUUCCGGUGUAUCCUUGCUGAUGGUAUUGUAGAAGCCUUCUGUAACUGUUUCAGUUACUUGAGAUAGCAUUAGGUUUGGUUGGAGCCCCUCCGUAUGGUGGUUGAGUUAUCAUCUGUGAGAAUCUUGUAUAAAGAGUGUUCUUAACUGAUGCUUAUGGUUAGUACUUGUCCAAUGUCAUGUUCCAGUUCCAUUCAAACCGAAGAUUAUUAGUCGCCUCUUUUUAAGGUUGGUAAUAUUAUUUUUAAGGUUUUGCUAUCUGA